AUGGGUCGACGCCAAAAUGAUGCCGAAGAGGCCUUGCAUGAUCAAAGCAACAUACUUCCAUUUAGGCAAUUGAUCCUCGUUCUGUGCGUCCUUUCAGGCUCGCUCCUAAUUGUCCUCAUUGACCAGAAUGCUGUUGGAGUAGCUCUCCCUACGAUUGGCAGAGAGCUUGAUGCUGAAAACACAAUUACCUGGGCCGGAACAUCGUCGUUAAUUGGCAGCACAAUGUUUUCAGCCUUGUAUGGCCGACUCUCGGAUAUAUUUAGCCGCAAAGCGGUUUAUAUCUCUGCGCUAGUUGUGCUUUGCCUCUCCGAUCUUCUUUGCGGGUUUGCACAAAAUGCGAUGAUGUUCUAUAUCUUUCGUGGCUUUGCCGGCCUCGCAGGUGGCGGUGUCCUUUCUUUGACAUCGAUCAUCGUCUCUGAUAUCGUGACCCUCGAGAAUCGUGGCAAAUACCAAGGAAUCCUGGGUUCUAUGAUCGGGCUAGCAAACGCUACCGGCCCUUUCAUAGCGGCCGCAUUCGUACAGAGGUCAAGCUGGCGAGGAUUCUUCUACCUUCUUGCACCGGUCACCGGUUGUGGAGCUGUGGUUGCAUAUUAUUUAAUCCCGAGUAAAAUGACGAGAGAAGAUAUCUGGAAAGCCUUGGGAUUGAUUGACUACAUUGGGGCUUUGACAUCGUCUCUGGGAACUAUUUUUCUUUUAAUACCAGUUUCGGGGGGCGGCAAUUACUUCGCCUGGGACUCACCCAUGGUCAUCGGCAUGUUAGCUGUGGGUGGAAUUCUGCUGGUGUUAUUCGUUUUUAUUGAAUGGAAAGUUGCCAUUCUGCCAAUGCUCCCUCUAUCGUUCUUCAAGAACCGAAUAGUCACAACCUUGCUAGUGCAGAGCUUCCUUUUGGGCGCGUGUUAUCAAUCUCGCCUGUACUAUCUGCCGCUUUACUUCCAGAAUGCUCGCCAGUGGACCCCCUUUGUGUCAGCAACAAUGAUUUUACCUAUGGUCCUACCACAAUCACUGGCUUCAAUAUCCGGGGGCCAGUACAUGUCCCGAGUCAAGCGAUUUGCAGAGGUUCUGUGGGUUGGCUAUUUUCUUUGGACGCUAGGUGCAGCGCUCACUUUGUUAUUUAACAAUCACACCAGCAGAGGUACUAUUUCGGGAGUCCUCGUUGUCACUGGGCUGGGUAUUGGCUUUACCUUCCAGCCUGGCAUGGUCGCUAUUCAAACCCACGUCUCGCUUGCCCAGCGUGCUGUUGUUAUCGCUGGCAGGAACUUUUUCCGCUGCCUCGGGGGCGCCUGUGGACUUGCUGUAUCGGCGGCCAUUCUACAAUCUGGUCUGAAGGCCAGCCUGCCAGAAGAGUACAAAUAUUUGGCCUACUCGACAUAUACUUUGCCGCCGCAAUCUAGUAUUCCAGAGCGAGAGUGGACAGCAAUUGUGAAUGCUUAUGCGGAUGCUUCUCAUCGCGUAUUUAUUUUCCAGGUGCCCUUGAUGGCGCUUUGUCUGCUGAGCUGUGUCCUCGUUCGCGAUGAGGGCUUGCGGACAAAAGAUGUUCGGGAUCAAUUGCAGCUACAAGUCGGUCAGAACGAGGACCGUCAUACGCCCGAUGAAGAGACGGGUUCACGCAAUAAGGAGAAUGAAUGUCGGGCUUAAUUUGAAGGUUUUCUAUGCGACUAGACUAAAG